AUGAGCAAGUCAGAGUUCCAAGUAAUCAUUGUCGGCGGAUCAAUCGGAGGCUUGACUCUGGCACAUUGCCUACAACGCGCUGGGAUUGACCAUGUUGUCCUCGAAAAAGCGGGAAAUCCAGCACCCCAAAUUGGGGCAUCGAUCGGCAUUUUCCCAAAUGGAGCUCGCAUUCUUGAUCAACUCCAACUGUAUGAGUUGGUCGAGAAACACAUUGAUCAUCUGAGCACAGCAACCAUCCGCUAUCCCGACGGUUACAGCUUUCAAAGCUCUUUUCCCAAGGUCCUAAGUGAAAGGUUCGGUUACCCAAUCGCAUUCCUAGAUCGACAGAAGAUGCUUGAAAUACUCUAUCACGGCUACCCAGAUCAUCGGAAGAUCUGCCUGGACGAAAGAGUGACAAAAGUUGAGCCUUGCGGUGAUACGGUUAUAGUGAGCACGGGCAAGGGCUCUGUCUAUCGAGGGCACCUUGUCGUCGGCGCAGAUGGCGUCCACAGCAAAGUUCGGCAGGAAAUCUGGAAUGCGAUCGAGAAGACAGGCUCGGGAGCGGCAAUCGAGAGAUUCGGCCUCACGGCGGAGUUUCGCUGUAUCUUCGGCAUCUCCUCCCCCAUCGAGGGGUUGAUUAUAGGAGAGCAGGUGAAUGCAUUAUUUGAUGGUUUGACCAUCAUUACAAUCCAUGGAAAAAAUGGGCGCGUGUAUUGGUUCGUCAUACAGAAGUUGGAUAAGAAAUAUACUUACCCGAACUGCCCUCGCUACAUGACAGGCGACAUUGAAAUUGCGGCAGAGGAACUGAGAAGUAUAGUAUUCUACAAAGACUUUAAGUUCGGGCAACUGUGGGAGAAUCGUGAGACAGCCUCCAUGACCGUCUUGGAGGAACACAUAUUUGAAACCUGGCAUCAUGACCGGCUAGUUCUUCUGGGCGACAGUGCUCACAAGGUAACUCCUAAUAUCGGGCAGGGCGCCAAUAUGGCAAUAGAGGAUGCCGCAGCUCUGGCGAAUCUACUGCAACGAUUACGGAAGGGCUCGGGAAAUUGGCCUCCCACAGAUGGACAGGUGGAGGCUCUUUUGAAUCAAUAUCGCAAUAUUCGCCAUGGCCGCGUCAAGUCAGUCUACAAAAGCUCCCGCUUUUUGGUCCGCCUACAUGCUCGAGAUGGCCUACUUAAGACUCUUCUUGGUCGAUACUGUGUACCAUAUGCUGGCGACUUGCCUACGUAUAUCGGAUCCAAAUCUAUUGCCGACGGAGUGAUGUGUGAUUUUCUGCCUCCCCCAAAGCGCAGUGGAGGCGGAUGGGAGAGAUAUCGGACUAAGGACUUGAAUUGGGGGUGGAUGCAAGCUACCUUGUAUAUCAUCAUCUUUGCUAUUGUGUGCGCUCCGUUAGAAUAUUUACUCUCUAUUCCAGGGAAAGAUAUCCGGGGCAAAUUGAUAUCAGCUUUCAAUGAAUGGCUCCAUCUGCCGGAUGAUAAAUUGGCCAUUGUGAAAGAAGUCAUUGAUCGGCUGCAUACAGCAUCGCUACUGAUAGAUGAUAUUCAGGACGCAUCUCGUCUCCGUCGGGGACAUCCCGUAGCUCAUGAUGUCUUUGGCAUCGCCCAAACCAUCAAUGCAGCCAACUACGCAUACUUUCUACAACAGAAAAGGCUGAGUGAGAUCAAUGACCCGCGCGCAUUUCAUAUUUUCACUCAAGCACUCUUGGAUCUACACGUAGGCCAAGGAAUGGACCUCUACUGGCGUGACGCGCUGGUGUGUCCCACAGAAGCGGAAUACACCCGUAUGGUUAUGUACAAAACUGGUGGAUUGUUUCGACUUGCAGUGGAAUUGAUGCAAAUCCAAAGCACUACGACUACGGACCUUUCCCGACUGGUGGAGCUAUUGGGAAUCAUCUUCCAGAUCCGGGAUGACUAUAUGAAUCUGCAGAGCGGGAUUUAUGCGGAGAAAAAAGGAUUGAUGGAGGACUUGACAGAGGGAAAGUUCUCCUAUCCUGUGAUUCAUAGCAUCCGUGCGGUUCCAGGCAACACGCAACUCAUCAAUAUUCUCAAGCAACGCAGUGAAGACAGAGCAGUCAAAGUUCGUGCCGUGCAGUACAUGGAGUCAACCGGGAGUUUUCAGUACUGCCGGGAGGUAUUAGGAGGGUUGAUGGAGCAGGCGCGAAGCCAUGUUGACGAGCUGGAGAUACUCUUGGGGCCCAAUCAGGGAAUUCAUCAUAUUCUUGAUUUACUUGAGGUCUACCCGCCAGAUGUGAAUCCGGGGCCAUGA